CUGCGUGACUCUGAAGAGGAGGCCGCUGAAGGGGAGCAGGAGGUAGAGGAGGAGGAGGAGCCGGCAGAGGAAGAGGUCACACAGGAGGAAGAUGAAGCUGCUGCAGACGAAGAGGCAAACGAAGAACAAGAUGGAGAAGGGGGAGCAGAGGAUGGAGAAGAGGAGGAGGCCAAACCAAAAUUCAAGCCAUUUAUCAUGCCGAACCUCAUCCCUCCCAAGAUCCCGGAUGGAGAGAAGGUGGAUUUUGAUGACAUACAUCGGAAGAGAAUGGAAAAAGACCUGAUGGAGCUGCAGACUUUGAUCGAGGUUCACUUUGAGAGCAGAAAGAAGGAAGAAGAGGAGCUCAUUAAUCUUAAAGACAGAAUUGACAAGCGUCGUUCUGAGCGAGCGGAGCAGCAACGAAUCCGCAGUGAGCGAGAGAAAGAGCGUCAAAAGCGCCUUGAGGAGGAGAGAGCUCGUAAAGAGGAGGAGGAGGCCAAGAAGAGGGCAGAGGACGAUGCAAAGAAGAAGAAAACUCUGACCAGCCUCCACUUUGGAGGUUACAUGCAAAAGUUGACAGAGAAAAGAAGUGGUAAGAGGCAGACAGAGAGAGAGAAGAAGAAGAAGAUCCUGAGCGAAAGACGCAAAUCUCUGGACAUCGAGAACUUGAGUCAGGAAAGACUGAAGGAGAAAGCUAAGGAACUGUGGGAGUGGAUGUACCAGCUGGAGGCGGAGAAGUUUGAACUGCAGUACCAGCUCACCAGUCAGAAAUAUGAGAUAAAUGUGCUGAGAAACCGUGUGAGCGACCAUCAGAAAACAUCCAAGAGGACCAAGCGAGGCCUGAGGAAAUAGGCCCCGGCAUGCUGAGUGAGCCUUGUCCUGCACCUAUUGCCUCAAACCAAACCCUGGAUUUCCUGUCACACCCAAGUUCCACCUAUUUUACUAAUGCCACAACCUGCAGUACCAAUUAUACCUAUUUGUUUAGUUCCAUCUUACUGUAUUGUUUUUUCUCUUAUUGCCAUCAUUGUGGAUGAGAAUAAGGAAGUUUUGGUGUCAUUAAAACCAUCUUGGUUGAA